AUGUGUUGUGUCCUUUGUUUUAACUUUGCCUUGCUAAUGUUUUUCACUUUCUUGAUCACAGAUUUUUUCUUAACUCAACUUACUAGUAAAUUCUACUAUUAUUAACAACGUUUCUUACAAAAAAAAAAAAGAUCUUUUGGCACUAUUUGGAGUUGGAAUGACAUGACAUGGUGGACGAGUUCAAUCAUUCAAUAUUAAUAUUCACACCAACCGCUACUACGUGAUGGAAAGCAGGGGCAAUGAAUAUGAAAAUAAUAAAUACGUUGUUCAGCUUUAAACGCACGUAGAUAUGUAUGAUUUGGUGAUGCAUUAUGGUUUGUUAAGAAUAGUUAUUUGUUUAUUCAUUUAUUUUCCACUUGAAGAUCCUGAUCCAAUUCUGAAGAUGUUGGAUCUGCCUAUUCUUAUUGGUGAACAAGUGACCAUAACGUUGUGUCGUUGUUCAAACGUGGCCAUGCGACAGAUCCCACUUGAAGUAAGUGGUUAACCGAACCUGACAUGGUUAUGAGAUCAGUAAAUGGGACCAUUAUUCUCAACUAGUUCGUGGCAGCACAAGCAUGUGCAUAUUAAUUUUCUAAAGACAAAGUCUCGACAUUUUGCCACAGCAAAGCUACCACCAACUCUAUCUCCGCAUCAAUGGCCCAAACUAUUGCGUGCUGUUUUGAGGACGAAUACCAGACAUGGGGGAAGAAAAUGGCGAAGGAAGAUCCUUAGCUGACACCCCCACCUAUGCCGUGGCAACUGUGAUCACUGUCCUUGUUUCUUUUAGUUUCUUGUUUCAGGGCACGUUAAAAAAACUGGUGAAGUGGUUGGACAGAACCAAGAGAAAAUCUCUGCUUUCUGCUCUGGAAAAGAUCAAAGAAGCAGAAUUGAUGCUUUUUGGGCUUCUGUCAUUGCUGAUGGGUCAUUGGAUUAUUUUUGUGGCAAAGAUUUGCGUUAAGUCAUCGGUAAUAAGCAGCAGAUUUUUUCCGUGCCCAUUGGAAAAGAAUUCUGUGAAACGUGUGGUCUGGUUGAGUUCAGAAUAUUCAAAUAGAACAGUUGUCAAAGGGCAAGUGAACAAUGGCUUGCGAAAUUAUUGCCCUGAGGGUCACGAAUCAUUGGCUUCUUAUGAAAGUCUUGAGCAGCUUCAUCGCUUUGUGUUUGUUCUUGGGGUCACCCAUGUUACCUAUAGCUUUCUUGCUGUUGCCCUGGCCAUGAUCAAGAUAUAUAGCUGGAGAACAUGGGAAAACGAAGCAAAGACUAUUGCUGUACAAAGCAUUCAAGAUACUUCACAAAGUACAUCAAGCAUAAGAUUGAGGCGGCUUAAUACAUUCAUCUUUCACCAUACAUCACAUCCUUGGAGUCAUCACAAAAUUCUUGUUUGGCUGCUAUGCUUCAGCCGCCAAUUUUGGAGUUCUAUUCACCGAGCUGAUUACAUGGCAUUGCGCUUAGGCUUCAUUACUAACCAUGAUCUUCCCACAACAUACGAUUUCCACAACUAUAUGCUUCGAAGCAUGGAUGAGGAAUUUCGUGACAUAGUUGGAGUUAGCGUACUUCUCUGGGUAUAUGCCAUCUGCUGUAUUUUCCUAAAUUUUCAUGGUAGCAACUUUUACUUUUGGCUUUCCUUCGUUCCAGCAAUAUUGAUCCUUAUUAUUGGUACUAAAUUGCAUCGAGUGGUAGUAAAGUUGGCUGUCGAAAUAAUAAAUCGUUGCCCAAAUAUGAAACCUCACCAAUUUAACUUAAGAGAUGAGCUCUUUUGGUUUGGAAAGCCCAGGUUCCUAUUACGGUUAAUUCAAUUGAUUUCCUUCUUGGUAAGUAAUAUUGUGUUUCCAUUUUGCUUUUUCAUUGCCGAUACACUUACAUUCUUUCUCCCUGUUGUAAUAUUUCAGAAUGCAUUUGAAAUGGCUACAUUCCUAUGGUCUUUGUGGGAAAUUAAAGAUCCUUCUUGCUUCAUGAACAACCGAACCUUUAUUGUGAUACGCUUGUCAUUCGGGGUCAUCUCCCAAGUCUGGUGUAGCUUUAUAACGUUUCCUCUGUACGUUAUCAUAACACAGAUGGGCUCAAGGUUCAAGAAGACCGUGGUCUCUGAAAAUGUGAGAAAAUCACUCUCUAAAUGGCAGAGAAGAGUGAAGGAGAGACAAAGUUAUUCUUCUGCACUCCUUACAGCAACAUCAGCAGCAUCGAUAAGUUCUUUUAUCAGUGGAAACGAGCGUGGCUUAAUCAGUGAGGAAGGAAGCUCCUCAGGGACUAAAGAUAUUUGUCUCUCUUAUCUUGAUCAUGUGUCAAGGACUCAAGCAGAUGCAUCAUUUCCAAGCUAUGAAAAUGAUCCUCAUGAUAUAAUCCAUGAUUCAUCUCCUCCAUUGUCUUGAGAUUGCUUACUGUGAUGGGUUAAAUCCAAAUACUUUAUGUAAUCCAUCUUUUAUUUUUGUUCUUUCCUUGUUCAAGCAUAACAAAAUGAAAAUGCAACGUGAUUUUUAUAGAGUCA